UCAUCACGACGCGCCCGCCCGCUAGCUACGCAGUUGUUUGUUUUAUCGGAUUUGUUGGAAUUUUCCACUGCGGAGUUUAAUAAGACUAAAGCUGAAUAAAUCGGUUGUAAGGUUAGAGCAGCAGGGGCAUGUAGAGCAUAGAAUCAGACCGAGUUCUCGCUCAUCUAUAUCAUACCGCAGUUCGGCAAAGUGGAACAGUUAGUUAGUUAGUUAGUUUGGAGAUCUUUGAGGAGCGGAUGGCGCUAGCAGCAGGCUAACUGUUAGCAUCACAAGAUUACCUGUAGUGUGUUUUGUUGUAUAAUAUUUGUUUGAUUUGUGACGCCCUGAUGGAGUACCCCGGGGGAGGAGGAGGGGGGAUUCUGAGCGGCGGUAAUGUCCCGGCCUUCCUCACCAAACUGUGGACGCUGGUGGAGGACCCGGACACCGAUCCGCUCAUCUGCUGGAGCCCGAGUGGAACCAGCUUCCAUGUGUUCGACCAGGGUCGCUUCUCUAAAGAAGUUCUGCCAAAGUUCUUCAAACACAACAACAUGGCCAGUUUCAUCAGACAGCUCAACAUGUAUGGUUUCCGUAAGGUGGUUCACAUUGAGCAGGGAGGUUUGGUGAAACCAGAGAGAGAUGACACAGAGUUUCAGCACCCGUUCUUCGUCCGAGGACAGGAACACCUGCUGGAGAACAUCAAACGCAAAGUCACCAACGUGCCGUCUGUGCGGCAGGAUGAAAUGAAGAUGUCUGCAGAAGAAGUCAACAAGAUCCUGAACGACGUUCAGAUGAUAAAGGGAAAACAGGAAACCAUCGACUCCAGGAUCAUCACCAUGAGACAUGAGAAUGAGGCUCUGUGGAGAGAAGUGGCCAGUUUGAGACAGAAACACGUUCAGCAACAGAAAGUCGUCAAUAAGCUGAUCCAGUUCCUGGUGUCCCUGGUCCAGUCCAACAGGAUCCUGGGAGUCAAGAGGAAGAUUCCUCUGAUGCUGAAUGACUCAAGCUCCGCCCACUCCAUGCCUAAAUACAGUCGGCCAUUCUCAUUGGAGGCUGCAGCCACUCUCUUCUCAGCUGACAGCCCGGUGACUUCUGGACCAAUCAUCUCUGACAUCACAGAGGUGGCCACGCCCAUGGCCGAGGAUGUGGUCAGUGAUUGGACGGAAGCAGGCGAGAGCCAAUCAGUCAGUGUCAAAAAGGAGCCAUCCAGUCCUGAUGUGGAGGUGUGCCCUGUUAUGGAAGGUGGAGCUUUGCCUGUGGACACGCCCCUCUCCCCCACCACCUUCAUCAACUCCAUCCUGCAGGAUGAGACGCAGCUGACCCCAAACACCUCCACCAGCAAUCCUACGACAUCCAAUCCUGUUGUUGUGAUGAGCUCUGCCUCCACUGAGCCCCUCCCACCAGCCCCAGCCAACCAAUCACCUGCCUCCGUCCCCAUCCCAAAUGCUGCCCCCAGCUCUGCCAAACCUCAGCAGAGAUGUCAGACCGUCGCCUGUAUUGACAAACCCCACCUCCCUCCCUCUGCAGGUGGACUCUCACCUGACGUUGGGCUCUUCUUAUCGACACCACCUGACAAGUUUGAACUGUCGGAUCAUGUGGAAAGCAUCGACAACAGUCUGGAAAACCUGCAGAGCAUCCUGAACUCACAAACCUUCACCUUCGACACCGCCCCGCUCAUGGAGUUUUUCAGCUCGUCCUGUCCCUCUGGAGACUUUGACAUUGACAGUUUGGACACGCUGCUGUCUGAUGAAGUUCCUAAAGGAAGUGAUGACACCAACCACACAGGGAAACAGCUGGUGCACUACACAGCCACACCUGUCCUGAUGUCCGAACCAGUCAGCGUGGGAGAGGGCAGGGCCGACCUGCCGUCCCUGCUGGAGCUGGAGGAGGAGCCUUUCUUCAGCACUGACUCGCCCACUGAUGACCCUGCCUCUGCUGCCACCCUGCUGAGCCACGCCCCCCCAGACUCUGGCCUCUGACAUGAUGUGGAGAAGGAGGGGUGUCCAGUGUGAUUUUCCAGUCACCAUAGCAACAGGACAGUCUGAGUGCUGACUCAGCAGCAACAGCAAUAGAGAAAAUCAAUCGAUCAGCUGUAGAUCAAUCAGUAGGUCAGAAGUCAUGUUUUUAUUAUGCAGAUGUUAUUGAUCAAUAUUAACCAGUUUAUAUACCUGUGUCUUCUUCUACUCUUUUUAUUUUAGCCUUUGUUUGUUCUUCUUUGCUGCUUUAUUUAAAUUGUUUGUGUGACAGUUCUCAGAGAACCAGGGUUACUUCCGUACUCAGUCCAAUCAGAGGUGGACUGGAGGAUCACGCGAACCAGGUGCUCUCUUUGUGCUGCAUGUUGAUUCUUUGUGUUCAGGUGUAAAAUAUAGAAAAUGAAAAGAAUAUUUUUGGAAAUGUUUAUUAUGAAUGACUCAUGACGCCUGUUACCACGGAGACGACCUGGAAGCAAACGGAGGUGCAUUGAUCUGAUAUCUGUUAGGUCAGUUUGGUCCACAUUAAAAACAGUUUGUUUCUCAGUGUGUGAGUUUUUCCUCAUGUUCCACAGCUCAUUCAUUCACACCACACUGUGCAGGAAGCUCUGGGUGUUAGCCGAAUGUUAGCAGAACGUUAGCCGAGCGUUAGCCACAGGUGAAAUAGCAGCAGGCUGAGGACAAGCGCUUGACUUCAGCAGAUUUGAAACCUCAUCAUUUGAUCAGAAUUGAAGAUAUGGAUGGUGUACGAUCAAAAGAAGAUUUUAUAUAAAAAUUGCAUACUAAUGGUUUUACAGCCUCUGGAUUUAUAUAAACGAGUCAGUGUUCUGUCUGAGAAGUUUGGUAUUUACAUGUAAAAUCUGGAUUUAUUAAAUUUAGCUAAUAAAAUGAACAGAUUAGAA